ACAGGGCGGAGUGCGGGUCCCGCAGCGGCGGCGGCAGCGCAGCCCGCGCCUCCCCCUCCGCGCCGCUCAUUGUUCCGCCCGCUCCAGGCACCAUGGACGAGCUGGACCAGUCGCCCCUGGUCUCCUCCUCCUCCGGGCCGGCCCGGCCGCAGCAGCCGCAGUUUAACUACCAGUUUGUGCUCGACGACGAGAAGGAGGAGGAGGAAGAAGAGGAGGAAGAGGAAGACGAGGACGAAGACUUCGACGAGCAGCUGGAGGUGAUGGAGAGGAAGCCCGUCGCGGCUCCCGCCGCAGCCCCGCAGGAACGGCCGCCGCAGCUGCUGGACCUCGGCGGUCCCGCCGAGCCGCCCCGCCCCGCCGCUCCGGAGCCGCCGCAGCCCGACUGGAGCCCCCGAGGAGCCGUGUCCUCCUCUUCCUCCUCCGACACCACGCCGUCCCCCCCGCAGGAGCAGCCCCCGGCCCCCGUCCGGCCCGCGCAGCCCCAGCCGCCCAAGCCCGAGCCCGCCGCCGCGCCCCGCAGAAGAGGGUCCUCGUCCGGCUCGGCUGAUGAGACCCUUUUUGCUCUUCCUGCUACACCUGCGCCUCUGAUGCCCUCCUCUGCAGCCCAAGGUCAGGACUUGCAGGAGCAGCCAGGUAGCACUAAGUCGCUUGGGCAAGAGGAUUUCACUGCAGUCCCGCUCGGUCCUGCUCCUUCUCUCCCUUCCUUCUCUCCUCUCUCAGCUGAGCCCUUUAAAGAGCACACAGCCUUUGGUACGCUCUCAGAUGGAUUACCUGCAAGUGAGGUUUAUAAGGAACCAGUGAAAAAUGCCAGGAACCCCUUCCUUGCAGAGGGAAACGACAAAGACAUUUCAGAGAUGAAACACUCGGAACCCCCAUUUGCUAAAGCAGAAGCAGCCAUUUUCUCUCCUGCUAAAGAAGAAACACAGCUAGAGGGCCCUAAAGAAUUACCUAACCUGGAGAAAAUGCCUGCACAGCCUCUGAAAAUGUCUCCAGAAAGUCCCCAAGACUUAUUUGAGAGAAAGGGGCAAGAUCUGUUCUAUAGCAAAGACACAUCUGCAGGUGGUGAUCAUCGUGAGAAAGGGCUGUUGAAGGAAGACCCUCUUAAGAGGGAAGAAUAUGCAGAUUUCAAACCAUAUGAGCCAAUAUGGGAACUAAAAGGUGCUAGUCAUGGACUGAGCAGCUUGAGGGAGGAUGCUGGAAGUAAGAUAGAUGGCAAACCGCAGAGCAGUUUGGAUGAGAAGUAUGGUGUGGGGAAGCCGAGCGUGCCGAAGGAUUACGAAAGCGAGGGCAGCGCUGAAGAUCUCUCCUCACCAAGUACCCCAGAAGCUGUGAAAGAACCUUCGCAGACUUACAUCACUUGUACUAAAUUUGACUCCUCUCCGAGUCCUGAUGGUAACAAAGGCAAGUCUCUGUCUCCACUGGAGGAAGGCGCUUCAGAAAAUAGAACCGACGAUGAGAAAAAAAUUGCAGAAAUGAAGGCUCAGCCCAGCCCAGAACAAGGUAAUUUUAGCGCUGGAGCAGUUGGCAGGCGGGAAGGGCAGGGGGCUGACUCUGCCAGGGCAGAGAGCGGGGCAGCAGUGCCCCCUGACAGCACAGCCAGCAUGCCCGAGGGGCUCACCCCGGACCUGGUGCAGGAGGCCUACGAGAGCGAAAUGCACGACGCGGCGGGGACUAAACUGGCUUACGAGCCCAAGAUCGACUUGGUUCAGACCUCCGAGUCGGCGCAGGAGACCCUGAAACCCGUGGCCCAAAUCUGCCCCUCCUUCGAAGGGGUGGAGGCCGCUCCCUCUCCGGUGCUGCCAGACAUUGUGAUGGAGGCCCCGCUGGGCGCUGGGGCUGCUGGGGCAGAGGCGUCUGCUGUGCAGCUGGAAGCUUCCCCCUUAGAAACCUUCAUCCCCGCUGGCCAGUAUGAGAACGUCAAAGGAGAGGCUGAGAAACCCCCCGGGUACCAGGAGGCUGUGAAUGUAGCUGGGACACAGCCCCAGGAAGCUAAGGAGGCACUGGCAUUUAAACAGCCUGCUCCCGAGAGCGGCACCGCUCCGGAAGACCUGGAGACCCCCUAUAUAUCCAUUGCCUGUGACCUGAUCAAGGGAACAAAGGUCCCCGGUGACGCUGCUGCUCCGGCCUUUGCAGAGUACUCGAAGGCAGAACACACUCCUCAGGAUGCGGCUGAGCACCAGGAACUGGAGGGCAAACUGUCCCCCCAGUUUGGGAAAUCCGAGCUGUUCAGCAGCCAGGCCAUAGCUGACUUUGCUGAGGAAGCCAGUGAGGAUCCAUCCCUCCUGCAAACAAGUAGAUCCACUGAGAGCAUUGCGAGCAAUGAGGAACACGAGGAACCAGCGGUGGGUUCAGUGGCUGCUGCGGGCAAACCUUACCUGGAGUCAUUCCAACCCCAGCUGGACUCUUCCAGAAAUGUUGCUGCUCUGCCAUCUGAGCCAAUACCUACAAAAGCAGCCAAGGCAGAGAAGAUUCCUCUUCAGAUGGAAGAGCUGGAUGCUUUGGCUUAUUCAGCUGAUGUGUCUGUUGCUAUGGAACCAAAAACAGGAGAUGACAAAGCUCUCUCACCCAUGGACUCUUCCCCAGUCUCAGUGGAAGAUGACUUUGUGAUGUUGGCUCAUCCUCAAACCUCUCCUGAAUUCAUGGCAGAAGCCGCUGACAGAGAAGGAGUGCACAAAGAUGAAGAGAUCAGCAAGGUGACCCAAGGUGAGAAGAGGCAGUUGCCUUGCCCAGAGCUGCCCUGUGACCUGUCUGUGAAGAAUGUAGAAGUAAAAGCCAAGGAAGAUACCAAUGCCUUGAAAAAGUCCUUGGAGGCUGUGGACAGAGAAGUGCCUGAAGUACCCACCAUGUCCUUACCGGCCACAGAUACCUCACCUUUACCUGCUGACAAAGAGAUAGUCAGUGUAGGAAAACCAGGAGCUGUUGAGAAGGAAGCUGAGAAAGAACCUGCUUCUCUUAAAGAAAAGAAAAAACCUACUGCUGUAUUUUCAGCCAAGCUGACUAAAUCUUCAGUUGUUGACCUGCUUUACUGGCGAGACAUCAAGAAGACGGGAGUGGUGUUUGGUGCCAGCCUGUUCCUGCUGCUCUCAUUAACAGUGUUCAGCAUCGUCAGCGUCACAGCCUACAUCGCCCUGGCCCUGCUCUCUGUCACCAUCAGCUUUAGGAUAUACAAGGGAGUCAUCCAGGCCAUCCAGAAGUCUGAUGAAGGCCACCCCUUCAGGGCCUACCUGGAGUGUGAUGUGGCCGUGUCCGAGGAGCUCAUCCACAAGUACAGUAACGUGGUGCUGGGCCACGUCAACGGCACCGUGCGCGAGCUCAGGCGCCUCUUCCUCGUCGAUGACCUGGUGGAUUCCCUGAAGUUCGCAGUGUUGAUGUGGGUGUUCACCUAUGUCGGUGCCUUGUUCAAUGGUCUGACACUGCUGAUCCUGGCUUUGAUUUCGCUCUUCAGUGUUCCUGUUAUUUAUGAGAGACAUCAGGUGAGUGUUUAAUAGAAUUCAUUAAAUGCCUCAU